GAGUUUGAGCGGAGAACCCAGGGCAAGGUGAGGCUGCUUUGUCUUGGUGUCGAGAGUCGGCGGUUCAGAUUACUACGUGCCCAGGGUAAGGUUGCUGAGAGUGAAGUCUGGGAGGAGAAGAGCAGGCGGAAAGAAAUGGCUGCGCUAAGGAAAGAGUUGUAUGGUGGUGGGGUCGGCAAAGAAGGGCGGUUGUUCCUGGACCCAGAGUGGGAUGAUGUGGUCCCUAUUGUGUUGCAGGAGCCGGAGAAGGCGCUCGCGGCGAUUGCGUACCCCCAUGAUUAUGCCGAGGCUAUGGCGUAUCUGAGGGCCGUCAUGCAAGCGAAGGAGUACUCCCCCCGCUGCCUGCGCCUGACGGAGCACAUCAUCGGCAUGAACCCGGCGCACUACACCGUCUGGCUCUACCGCGCGGCCAACGUGUUCGCCCUCAAGCUCCCGCUUCUCGACGAGAUCAAGUGGCUCAACGGUGUGGCGUUUGAGAACCUGAAGAACUACCAGAUCUGGCACCACCGCCACCUGCUCGUUGAGAACUACUACCCUUCCAUUGCUGACGACGCGGACGCCAUCGCCCAGUUUGCGGCCUCUGAGCGCGAGUUUCUGCAGCAAAUCCUCGCCGAGGACACAAAGAACUACCACGUCUGGUCGUACCGUUCGUACCUGGUCGGCAAGCUGGGCGUGUGGGGUAGCGAGGAGGAGCGCCGCGCCAUCGAGGCCAUGAUCGACGACGAUGUGCGCAACAACUCGGCGUGGUCACACCGCUUCUUCCUCGUCUUCUCGGACCCAGCACAUGCCACCCCCGGAGCAGGAGCUACCGAGCCGGACCCGAAGGUACCCCAGGCCAUCAUCGACCGGGAAGUGGAGUAUGCAAAGGCAAAGAUACCGCUUGCGCCGCAGAACCAGAGCGGGUGGAAUUACUUGCGGGGAGUGCUGGUCAAGGGUGCACGUAGGCUGGCAAGCGUGGAGGACUUUGUGAGCGAUUUCGUAAAGGGGUUGGGCGAGGGCGAGGAUACCGAAGAUGUCCAGAGCACGCAUGCCCUGGAUUUGCUGGCCGAGAUCUAUGCUGAGAAUGGGGACAAGGAUAAGGCGGAUCUGGCGCUAAGACGGCUAGGCCAGAAGUGGGAUCGGAUCCGGAUCGGGUACUGGGAGUGGCGGCGGAAGUGUCUUGAAGUCAAUGCGUAG